UAUAAAUUGGGGGACAACUAAUGUUUACAACCAUAUCGACAUUAAAUUUCCUUCUAAACAUAUCACAAUAAUGAAGAUCGCCAUUAUAGCUUUCGCCUUUUUGGCAAGCGCCUCUGCUGCCUCCCUUACUGGAACAGAACCAGUACCAAUUUUAAGACAAGAAGCUGAUGUAGGCGUUGAUGGUGGCUACCACUUUUCUUACGAAACUGGAAAUGGAAUAACAGCAGAAGAACUCGGUGUUCUUAAAAAUACUGGAGUUCCAGAUGUUGAAGCUGAAGAAGUUGCUGGAUCCGUCUCUUACACAGCUCCAGAUGGAACCCCAAUCAAACUCUCUUAUGUCGCCAAUGAAUUUGGGUUCCAACCCAGCGGUGAUCAUCUUCCAGUAGCCCCAGUUGACGACAAUACUCCUCCACCAAUUCCACCAGCAAUUCAGCGUGCUUUGGAAUAUAUUGCCGCUCACCCUGAAAAAUUACCAGCUUAAUUUGCUAACAAUUGUUAUGAGCUGAUUUGUUAUUUGUUGUGUUUAAAAGUAUUAUGUAAUAUAUUAUGCAAUAGAA